AUGUCUCUUCUUGUUCCUCGAGCUCUCUCUCUCCAUUUGCUUAGAUUCCUUUCUUCGCUCAAUCUCCGCCACUUUCUUCCCUCAGCCGAAUCUAGCGCGGGAGCAAAAGCUAGAAGCCCUGGAAUAAACAAGAAAAGAGAGGAUUUUUUUUAGCUUACCUGCAUGGCAAAGUGAAGAUACGAGCUUGGAGUUGGGUUUCGAGGUCUGCUUUAGGUUAGGGUUUCGCUUGGCAUUGGGUGUUACGGUUUUUUUGGCUGGGAAUGCGAAGCAAUGGCGGUGCUGUAGGCGUUUUGUGAUGGGGUGCGGGAGCUCCAAGGCGGAGGAACCGCCACUGGUCGUGCUGUGCCGGGAGCGGCGAGAGCUCAUACGGGCGGCGGUCGAGCACAGGUUCGCGCUUGCGGCGGCGCACGCUGCUUACUUCCGCGCGCUCGGCCGCGUCGGGGACGCGCUGCACCGGUUCGUGCAAGAGGAGCUCGUGGCGGCGCCGGCGUCCCCCGUUCUGACACUGCCGCCCUCUGAAGGUAAGGGUAAGGCUAAGGCUGAGAUCGAGAGGUCGGACAGGGAGAUUGCCGGUGGCGGUGCGGUGGGUGCUUCGGCUUCUACUUUCGCUUCGCUUUCGCACCCGCACUCGCAUUCUGACGAUUCUCAUUUGCACCUGCCUUCCGACACCGAACUUGAUGAAAUUGCCGGAAAAAGUAGCGAACUCGAUGUAGGCGGCGAAGAUUCAUCGCGUUCUUCUUCUCAAUAUCCGUAUUACGGUGCUCCCAUCCCUAAUUACUACUAUAUGAAGAAGACCUCCACGUUCUCGGCUACCACGGUCUAUCAGAAUCCCUAUCCGCAAUGGUCCGAUACUGCUUAUGUAGGAUAUGGUUACGAGUAUGGAUACAGCUAUCCAAGUUAUGGUGCUCCAACAGAGUCAUUGCAGCCCCUGCCUGAUCAAGAUCAGAACUUUUAUGGUCAGAGCCAAACUGUGAGGGAAGAUAAACCUGCAGAUCCACCUCCGCCGCCGCCGCCGCCUCCUGAAGGAUCAGCUUGGGACUUCUUUAACCCUUUCAAUUCGUAUGAGCAGAUGAUACCUGGGUACUUUCAGGGUGGGGGAUCGUCGGCCAGCAGUCCUAACUCAAGCGAGGUAAGGGAGAAGGAAGGCAUUCCAGAUUUGGAAGAGGAAACAGAGCAGGAGUCCAUUAAGGCAGGGGACUUGACUAAGAGGAAGUUGAAGAAAAAGGAUACAGAUUCCAGAGUCUCGAGCGAGAGAAGUUCCAGCAGGAGCUCGAAUGUGUCUUCAAUGGAACAAGAAGCCAAUCUGAACAAUGAUACGGUUUCUUCAAAGGCAAAAGAAGAGAAUCAGGGUAUUGCUCAGGCUAUUAAAGUCGAAGACGAUGAGAAGGAAGUUUUUACAAAGAACAGAAACGUGAGUUUUGCUGAUGAAACAUCACCUAUCACUGAAGACAGCAGGUCUGAUGCCCUAUUCAUACAUGGUUCGAGGGAUUUAAUGGACGUUGUGAAGGAUAUCAAAGAACAAUUUGAAUCAGCAGCCCGCUGCAGUAAGGAGGUCUCUGAGAUGCUUGAGGUAGGCAAGCUGAAGUAUAGAUCAAGGAACAGGAUUUUGAGAGUGAUCCUGUCUAGGAUGUUGGAUCCUGUCAUUUUGCCUAUUCAGACACGGUCACAGUCUUCGUCGACCAAUUCAAAAAAUUUAACUGCUGCAAGAUCACGGACAACAAAAAACCCUGAUCUGGAGGGUGACUUUGAUCCUGGCAAACUUUCAUCAACACUGGACAAAAUAUAUGUAUGGGAGAAAAAACUUCAUAAGAUCGUUCAGGAAGAAGAAAGACUGCGAAUCAUCUAUGAAAGGGAGUGGAACCAACUCAAAGCUCUGGACGAAAAUGGUGCAGAGUCCUCACAGAUCAAUUCCACCCGGGAUUUAAUAAGAAACCUACUUACGAAGUUAAGCAUCGUAAUUAGAUCUGCCAGUCACAUUUCAAAGAGGAUACACAAGUUAAGAGAUGAAGAAUUGCGGCCCCAACUGAUUGAGCUAAUCCAAGGAUUGGUCAAAAUGUGGAGGUAUGUGCUUGAUUGCCAUCACAAGCAGUUUCAAGCCAUCAUCGAAAGCAAAAGUCAUGAUCUCGUUGCCAGGACAGGUAGCUCUGUGACUAAAGCCACCCUAGAAUUGGAAGCUGAACUCCUGAAUUGGUGUUCCUGUUUCACUAAUUGGAUUAGUGCUCAAGGGACCUAUCUUGAAUCCUUGAAUGGUUGGUUGCUGAAAUGGAUUCACCAGGAAAGGGAAGAGACACCCGAUGGGGUUGCACCAUUCUCCCCGAGCAGGAUCGAUGCCCCUGAUGCUGUUAUAAUCACAAAUGAUUGGCAUCACAUAGUAGGUAUAUCUGUGGACGAAGUGAUUGUUUCAAUGCGAACUUUUGCAGUAAAUGUACACAAGCUAUGGGAGACACAGAAUGAGGAGCAACACCAGAAGUUGAGGGCCGAAAAUUUGUCCAAAGAUUUUGCAAGAAGAGUUAAGUCACUUCAAAAAGAAAAUGGACUAAGCAAUCAGGAAAAUGAGCUAGAUAAAACAGUGUUACCUAUUUCGAAUGAGGCUUUAGGUCACGAUAACACAAUGUCCUUGGAUGCUAUAAAGAGAAGAUUGGAUGAAGAGACAGCCAGACAUGAAGAAACCAUAAAACAAGUGCAACAAGCAACAGCAAGUAACUUAAGGAUGGGGUUAGGUCCAAUAUUUCAAGCGCUGGAGAAUUUUUCCUUGGAGACACUGAAGAGGUAUCAAAGAGUUAGAAUCUCAGAUGAUUAGGGAGAGUGUUCCAAGGAUUUUUGAACUUGUCUCAGAGGGCUAAUCAAUCUACAAGUCGAAGAUUAUAGCUAUGUUCCAAUUGGCUCAUUUCCAUGUGCUUUGUGGUACAGAAAAAAAUAACAGAAUCCUAAGUACUGGUGUAUGAGCAGAUUUCAGAAUGCAUUCAAUACUUGUGGAAAGAAAUGAAAGGCUCCAGAGUAAAUCGUAAGGUAUGCAAGGCAUGCUGUGAUACCGAGAUAUGCAACUUCCUGCACCUUCUUCUUGAACCAAUUGGUAAUACUUAGUAGGCUAGAACAGAUCUUUGAUUGCAUUGACUCUGAUAAGAAGGAAGAUGUUCUUGUCUGGUUGCACAUCUGUUUAGCUGAGUCCAUCGGAUCACACGAGCAGACUGCCCGAGACCUCUUAUGAAAAAUAUUUGCACCCCAAUGUGGUCUUAUCUGGCCUACCAUCUGCACAUAGUUUUGGUUCGAACCAGGAAAGCGAUGGAUUUUAAUUUAUGUAAAUAUCAAGCUACUACGGGAGCUAUCUCUCUAUUCUUGCAGCAUUCACUGUUUGAAGUGCAAUUCUUUGCCUUGAAGGCAAAACUAGAUUUCCUAUGUUUUGACUAAGUCUUGUACUUAUUUAAUCUGACAAUGAAGAGCUGCCGUGUCAUGAUCUAUCUAAA